AUGUUCGCGAACCGCCACAUAUCUUUGAUCCCGAAGAAGAGCGGUGUAAGGACAGUCUAUAAUGUCACCAGGAUAGGCAGAAGGGACGUCGUUGGUCAUGGAUGCAACGGGAGCUAUGUGUACAAAGACGAUGCUCAUUUCCCCUUCCCUGCAAUUAGGUUUAUGGACAACACACGCCACAUAAUGGCGCUUCGACAAAAAGAAAAAGGCGACUGGCGGAUGCUCUGUUGCGAGGACAAGAAGGCUCUAUACCGCGCGUCGUUUUGCCAGACCUUCGCCGAGUUCCAGCACCCCACCGGCCAAUGGAAGUUCAUCGUCGGAUGGGGACUAUUCUUCAUCUCCUUCGGCUUCUGGAUCGCGAUAUUCUAUAAAAGCUUUGUUUGUGAACCGCUCCCAGAACAUCUAAACAAAGAGAAUCAAAAGGCUCAACUUAGAAGGAUGUUGGAGAUACGCGCCAACCCAAUAGACGGUAUAUCGUCCCUUUGGAACUAUGAUGAAGACAAUUGGAAGGUAAAGCUAAUUUCUUGA